CGUUUCGCGACCACGGUAGCGUUUGGUCAGGAGUGUUUCAGGCUUUGACGUCACAAAUAGUGACCACUAAUGAAAAUGACAUUUUACUGCCACUAUAGAAACCUAACCUAAUUUAGUUUAUGAAAACACCAAACAUGCUAGCGUUAUUUGGACGAAUAUGAAUCAGAAGACAAAUGUAGCCUUAGCCUUAGCAAUACAACUAUUUGAGGAGGAGACCUUUGAUGAUGACUUACUCAUCAUUGCAUGUAGUAAGUUAGGAGCAGUGUGUAAUGUUUCUUUGCUGUUUCGAAAAGAGGAUAGGCAGCGGCAUUUCAGAUUAGGUCAAUUGUGCGGUGAAGAAUGGAUCCAGUAUUAUUUAGACUUCGAUUUUCACCGACUGUUUCGGAUGCGCAAGGAUACUUUUAUAGAACUUGUCAAUGUUAUUGCUCCAAUAUAUAUGCCUAAAAUGCAACGUGGUGAUGCCCGUUAUUACAGUUGAUAAAGCAACAUUUAUAGCUCUGUGGUAUCUGGCUGGUCAGUCAGCAAUGGAGAAUGGAGCUGACAGUAUGACCUGAAGAGAAUGAAUGUGCAGUAAUAAGACAACAAUUCUAUGACAGAGCAAGGUAUCUAGGGGUGAUUGGUGCCAUCGACGGUUGUCACGUUACUGUACUUGCUCCUGCUAAUGAUCAGGAUUCGUACGCGGACAGGAAGAUGAAUCAUUCUAUAAUCUUGCAAGGUAUCUGUACGGCUAAGAAAAUAUUUACCAACGUUUCCAUUGGUACACUAGGAUCUUAUAACGACUGUCGUGCUUUGAGAUAUUCAACUUUCUACAAAAAAGUUACACAGCAAGGGUCUGAGAGCUUAUUCUACAAUCCCAACAAUUAUCUUAUUGGUGAUAAGGCUUACCCUAACAGAACAUGGCUUAUGGCACCUUAUAAGGACUAUGGUAAUCUCACUCUGACACAAAGGCGCCAUAACUUUGUCCAUAGUUCAACAAGAAUUGUCAUAGAACACGCAUUUGGACUUCUGAAGGGACGGUGGCGAUGCCUGCUGGGGUUGAGGCUCAAACAUAUUGGCAGGGCUACAAACUUUGUUUUAGCAUGUUGUGUGCUCCAUAAUUUCUGUUUCCUACAUAAUAAUUCUGUCAUUCAAGACAUGGUGCAUGAUGAUAGAAGGAUACAACAGCAAGACGUAAGGGAAUAUAAUGAUGCAGUAAAUGCAGACAUUGCUAAACAGAAAAGGGAUCGCAUUGCUAGCUUAUUAUGAUAUUUAUAUUAUGAUUUUAUAACUUGAAAUUCAUUCUUUUCACAGAGGAUUAAGAAAUAAAUUUAUUUUAAA